AUGCGUUCCUUCACCGUUGCCGCUGCCUUUGCAGCUCUGGCUGUAGCCAACCCUCUCCCCCAGGAGAUCGACUGGGCCGCCGUUGAUGCUCUGGCUCCUAUUCCUACUGUUACCAUCCCUGUUGUCGACGUUGCUGCUAAGGCCAGCACUGUUGCAUACGAGCCCUCUGCUGCUGCCACCUCUGUUGCUGCUGAGGUCAAGGCCUCUGGUGUCGACACCGAUGCCACUUCUGGCCUCAAGGUCCGCGCAGCUGCUGUCACUUGCAAGCCUCAGCCUCUCGGUGCUGGCCCAACCGUCAGCCCUGAUACUCCCGAGGCGUUCCUUGCCUACGGCGACUUCGCAACUGCUGCCAACUCUGCCUCGACUCCCGAGGGAUACUACAACAGCUUCACCAACUUGAACGCCAGCUCAUCGGCCUAUGGCUACAUGGGCUACACUCUGCUUAACGAGUACUCGACCCAGACCUGUGCUUCCAAGUGCGAUGCCAUUGAGGGAUGUGCUGCCUUCAACAUCUACUUUGAGCGUGACCCUACCCUCAACCCUAAUGAUGCUUCCUGCGCAAACCCUCCCUCAACCACAAACAUCAAGUGUGUAUUCUGGGGAGGUCCCGUGUCCACAUCCAACGCCAAAAACUUUGGUCAAUACCGCAAGGACUUCCACGUCGUGAUUGCUGGCUCGAACGGCUACACCUCGAACAAGAUCGUCACCCCUCCCGGCUACACCGACCCCAUCUACCUCGGUAACGCCGCUAUCAACGCACCCUUCGAUUGCAACGGCAAGGACACCUACCUUGGCGUCCGUAUCUUCCAGAAGGGACCUUUCGACAUCUCCAAGUGUGCCGCUGCUUGCACUGCCCAAGCCGACUACGCUCGUGCUCACCCCCCUUCAAACGGUGCUGCCAUCAAGACCUGCCAGUACUACAACACUUACAUGCUGUUGAAGAACGGUGAGGCUGUUGGCCAGUACUGUGCUCUUUACGACCACAGCUGGCCUUCCAAGUACGCUACCAACUUUGGCCAGUACCGUGGCUCUGACCAGUACACCAUCGAGUGGUCGUACAUUUCGUCCAACGCUACUGAUGCUGCUGCUGCUUGCCAGCCCAAGUAG